AUAUAGAUGAAUGUGCAACUGGAACCCAUAAUUGUAGAGCUGACCAAGUAUGUGUUAAUUUAAGAGGGUCCUUCAGCUGCCAAUGUCCUCCAGGCUACCAAAAACGAGGGGACCAAUGUGUUGACAUCGACGAAUGCACUCUGCCUCCGUACUGCCACCAUCGGUGCGUCAACACGCCCGGUUCCUACUACUGCCAGUGCAAUGCCGGUUUCCAGUUAGCCUCCAACAACCACACCUGUGUAGACAUAAAUGAAUGCGAUGCCAAUAACCCAUGUGCACAACAGUGUUACAAUAUACUGGGUUCUUUCAUCUGUCAGUGUAACCCAGGCUUUGAGUUAAGCAGUGACAGAAUCAACUGUGAAGACACUGAUGAAUGCAGAACCUCAAGUUAUAUAUGUCAAUAUCAGUGUGUCAACGAACCAGGAAAGUUCUCAUGUGUCUGCCCUGAAGGAUACCAGGUAGUGGGAGGCAGAACAUGUCAAGAUAUAAAUGAGUGCGAGACUACUAAUGAAUGCAGAGAGGAUGAAAUUUGCUGGAAUUACCAUGGAGGAUUUCGUUGUUACCCAAGAAAUCCUUGCCAAGAGCCCUAUGUCCUGACAUCUGAGAACCGCUGUGUCUGCCCUGUAUCAAAUGCCAUUUGCCGAGAGCUGCCUUACUCUGUCGUGUACAAAUACAUGAGCAUCCGCUCGGACAGAACAGUGCCCUCCGAUAUUUUCCAGAUUCAGGCAACUACUAUUUACCCAAAUACUAUUAACACAUUCCGGAUCAAGUCUGGAAACGAAAACGGAGAAUUUUACCUGAGACAAACAAGCGCUGUAAGUGCAAUGCUUGUACUGGUGAAAUCACUAUCGGGACCAAGAGAACACAUUGUGGAUCUGGAGAUGCUAACAGUCAACAGUUUGAAUUAUCGUACAAGCUCGGUGUUAAGAUUAACAAUAAUAGUGGGACCUUACGCAUUUUAGUGGUUUUCAAUAACCCUUCACUGGCACUUAAAGCAGCCAAAGAAUAUUAUCUUAAAGAAAGCACUUACUAUUUUAUUUAUAGAUUUUGCUCUCCUUUUUUUUUUUAAGAUUUGUUUAGUAAAUUGAUAUCUUUAAUACACACAUUACACCUGUAAUUCAAAAUUAGUAGAUGUGUUCCAUAGUAUAAUAUGGGCAUUGUCACUUUCUGUAUAAAGAUUUAAAUCUUUUUUAUUACUUUUCUUGGAAUAGAUACAUGCUAUGCUUUUGUAUGAGAACUGUAUGUUCAUAGUAUUCUGUAAAACUUCACACACUCUAGCAAAAUAGGUCAUGCAAUUAAAAGGUGAUCUUCUGUGUUGUCAUUAUUUUAAAUUCUAAUGCAGCUACACUGACAAUCUCAAAAAGAAAAAAAUUAUAUAGUAUGAAUGAUACACGAAGUAAUGGUUAUCUGAUAAGCUGAAAUAUAUUUCUCCUUUUUAACUACUUUAUAAAAAAAGAUAACAGUCA